GUAUAUGUAUUUUUACAAAUAAAAUAAUUAAAAAAUAAAAAUUAUUCAAAAACUUAAACUUCGCUAGAAUAACUUAGUGUGUUAGACGUUAGUAUUGAAUACUAAAUUUGUAUCAUGAUUAAUAUAAUCGACCACAUUUUUUUCAGUUUCUUGUAAAAUCAAAAAAACAUUCUUCUACCAGUACUCAUUUGACUAAUUUAUCAAAAAUGUGUGCAUAUAAAAGUAGUUUAAAGACAGGAUCUGUUGUGACACAACUAUCUAGCGCUCAUAAAAAACAAGUUGAAAUUAAUCGCAAAUACAUGUCUAGUUUAAUUGAUGUUGUGUUAUACCUUGCUAAGCAAGGCAUAGCAUUUAGAGGACAUAAUGAAAAUUUAGAUUCUUUAAAUCAAGGUAAUUAUAAGGAAAUGUGCCAUAUGGUAUUUUCAAAGUUCAUGCCAGAUUUGAAAAAUGUAUAUGAGAAUAAAAUUAACCAUACCAGUUGGAAAGUGCAGGACGAAAUUAUUAAAAUAAGUGCUGACCUAAUUAAAGAAAUUAUUGUUGAGGAAAUUGUUGUUUCUGGGAAUUUUGCACUUAUGGUUGAUGAAGCCAGGUCCCAUAAAGAAGAACAGUUAUCUGUAUGUGUGCGGUAUGCUGUUGGUCUUGAGGCACGUGAAAGAUUUUUGCAAUUCAUAGAUGUUUCUAAUGGACAAACUGCCAACCAUAUUAUUUCUGCUGUUUUUAAUUGUUUUCAAAAUUUAAGUAUUAAUAUCAAUACAUUAAAUAUUGUUGCUCAGUCUUAUGAUGGUGCCAGCGUAAUGGCUGGACACCUUGGAGGUGUCCAGGCAAAAAUUAAACAACAAUUUCCAUGUGCCAUAUACACACACUGUAUGGCACACAGAUUAAAUUUGAUUGUUGUGGAUAUGUGUAAAGGAAUAAAGGUAUUAAUUAGUUUAAGAUAAUAAAAAUAAUAAUAAUAAUAAUAAAAUAAUAAUCAAACAAUAAUUCAUUGAAGUAUUUUUAACAGAAUGCCUAUACGGCUAUACCUGUAGUAAAAUAAUAAAAUUUUUAUCAUAUAAUUAUAUAAUCUGUAUUAACAUUUAUAGAGA